AUGGAUGUUUUUCGCAGCAUAAUGUUUCUUAUUCCAUGUAUCAGUCUCUCUCUUAUUUUAAGUUUCUACGCCGCAGUGGAUGGAAGAUCCACAACUUUGUCAAAUAUUGGAGAGCUGCAACUGGGAAAGAAACUUGCUGAUCCUGUGAAAACCAUCGAGACUCGACACGGUGACACCAUUGAUUGUGUGGAUAUCUACAAACAACCAGCAUUUGAUCAUCCUUUGCUGAAAGAUCACAAAAUCCAGAUGAGCCCUAGUUUUUCUCAAAAACAUGAUGUGCAAAAUAUUGCUACCUCAUCGAGCAGUAUAACAAUUGAAAUGAUCCAAGAAGGAUGUCCUAGGGGAACUGUUCCCAUCCGAAGGGGGGCAAAGGAAGAGCUAACAACAGCGAAAACUAGCUUUCGGGAACAAUUCCCAAAUUUCACUACACAAUCUGCUGAUGACCAACCUAAGUUACUGUAUGCAGGAUAUUCAACAAAGGCCGGAACUGGUCCACAUUAUACAGCCGGAGGAACAGUCUGUGUAAAUAACCCUAACGUUGCUCCUGGACAGCUGAGUGGAUCUGUAUUAUCAGUUGAAGGCGGCCCUCCGGAACAGUUUAGUGCCAUACGCGUGGGAUGGAUCGUGAACAAAAAUCAGUUUGGUGAUGGUCGCACUCAUCUAUACUCAGUUUGGGGUCAAGCAACAAAUGGAGUCAUGCAGGGUUGCUACAACACAGAUUGUCCAGGUUUUGUUCAAAUAGAUAAGACCAUACCACUUGGUAUGGUGUUCGACCAAGUUUCUGUCGCCGGUGGAACUCAGUACUAUGUCAACCUACAAAUACAGCAGGAUAAAGCCUCGGGAAAUUGGUGGCUCAUCUAUGCCGGCUCUAUAAAAAUUGGAUAUUGGCCAAGCAGUCUAUUCACUAACUUGCAUGGUGGUGCUGAUAUCCUUCGAUGGGGAGGUCAGGUUACGAGUAGCUCGGCACAUCUACCACCAAUGGGAAAUGGCAAAGCUGAUGACUCUGGUUCCCUCUACAUGGAAAUUGCGAUUGACGAUAGAUCAGCGUCAUCUCUAGAUGAUCCUGCAGUUGCUUCACUGGAGAAGUUGGAGACAGGGUGCUACAAGGUUGGAGACCUUAAUCGGAAGGAUGAUUACCAUGGUUAUAGGUUUUGGUUCGGAGGCAGUGGUGGUGAUGUACAGCAAUGUUCAUGA